AUGCGUCGAUGGAUGACCGUCCCUGAUUCCUUUGCUGAAUACCCACUGCUGGCCAUCUACUUCGCCAAGUUCAGGCUCAGGAAAUAUCCUUUUGACGUUCUUCGCAACGACAUCAAUUGGCCUGAACCAUAUGUGGUCCUAAACACUAUUAUGAAGCGACUACGAAGCCACCGAUUUCUCAAGGGGAAUGCUGAUGCUGCCACUAUACCUGAGGACAUUAGAAAGGUUAUAGCACUAGGGGUUGUGAUCCCAAAUGGCUUGGAAGAUGAAGUCCUGGAAAUGCCUUAUAGCGUAAAGUGA